AACCCACAAGAUUUCCUGCUCGGAUUGCUCUUGAAGCCGAAGGGACCAGCAACACAGCAAACGCAGCAGCAGGAUGAGGCAAAAGCUGAGAUCAGCAAUACAGAUGUGGACAACCUUACUCAGAGCUUCGCUGCGACGAAAGUCGACAAUACACAGCGACAAUUCGGCAGCCCGAUGAGCAGCGGCAAUGCGUUCGAAGCGCCACAAGCAAAUCAAGCUGGCAGGUUCACAUACGUGAACCCAUUCAACGAGCUCCACACGUCCUCGCCCCUCAACCACGCACGUAGUCCCAAACCCGAUGCCUCGAACGAGCCGAAGAAGAUCGAAAUUCUCAAGCAUAGUCGCGACACUACAUCCUCCCAACACGGCGAGGCCGGCACUGCACACCAGAGCGUUGCCGAAGUGCUUGAAGGAGUCGGCGAGCGGGUCGACAAGCAGGUGGAGAAGGCUCUCGCGGAAGCUACACAGCCCGCUCUCAAGGAGAACGAUUUCAAGAAAGAGAACGCUCUCAAGAAGGAGAAGAUAGACAAUGGCAAUGAGGCGGGCGACGUUCAGUCGAGCUGGGAGAGCGCAGAGGAAGAGAUUUCCACUUCCAUGGUCGAAGUGUACAGCCUGCCAAUGAAGCCCUUCAUCUCCGUCCAGAUCAAGGCCGCGAGCACGAAGCGGCCCGCACGGCCAAUGCGUCAAGACAACUACAUGCAGAUUGCCACGCUCAAGAAGGAUUUUGACCAGAUCGACCGCUCUCUCGCCACCGCAAGCCAGACGCAUAUAGUAUAUGCUCAGGUUGCGACCAAGAAGGACAACGGCGGUUUCAGGAUCAUUCGCCAAGACAGCGGCACGCACAAGCAAGUGUUCCGCUCAAGUGGUGAGCGCGUCUUCAACGUUCAGCUUUGCACCGUCGAACACGAUGUCGAGACUGUACUUGGUACCGGUGUCAGCGGCUCCGUCUUCUGGACUUCUCUUGCCAAGUCUCGAGGAGACCUGUUCGCAGAUGACGAUGUCGAAGCCCAAGGCUUUGUCAUGCCCGCCGUUCAAACUGUGGAAGAGAAUACCUCUGGCUCACCUGUCAAGACCCGCGCGAAGAUGAGCUCCCGCCACGUGGAAUACUUUGCCAUUGCGAGGGGCAAGCACAUCUUCAUCAUAACUCCGGACAAGGUCAAGGAGGACGCUUACUGCUCCUCCGAGACUCGCAAGGUCGAUAGUGAGAAGUAUUUCGCUGAUCACACUCUCAAGAUCAACACUGGAAAGGCAGGAAAGGAUUUCUGCUGGUCCGAGGACGACACGGUCAUUGCGAGCCUCGAUAAGAACGGGCGCUUCAAGUUUUGGGAUGUUCGCGAGCUGACCACUCGUGCAUGCGACCUGAAUGAGGUCAAGCAUGAUCCUGUGGAGUUGGCUGAGCCGCUGUGGACGAUGAAUGCAGCGACCUCUGGCAGCAAGCCGGAUGAGAAGCCAUCGGUAUCCUCGAUCAUGUUCCUUGAUAAGGACAGGCCCAUGACCAAGGGGUGUGCGCUCAGAUAUGUCAUCAUCGGCUUCAAGCAGAACCACAUCCUUCAGCUGUGGGACCUUGGUCUCGGCAAGGCUGUUCAGGAGAUUCGCCUUCCUCACGAAAAGGACAGCGAUGGUAUCUGCAGCAUCAGCUACCAUCCCACGACCUGCAUCAUUACAAUCGGACAUCCCACUCGGAACAGCAUCUACUUCAUCCAUCUGAGUGCGCCAAAGUACAAGCUUCCGACCAUGCCUCAAGCUCGAUAUAUCAGCAUGCUCGCUCAAUCUGAUCCUAGCCUCGCGAAGCCGGAUAGUACCGCCAUCAUGAGUGGAAUUCGAGAGUUCUCUUUCGCCCGGAUCGGAGAACUGCGCAGUGUGGACAUGCUUCGCGUUCCAGUCGAGAAUGCUGGGGACAAGGGCACCCCCGAAGAGACGUUGUUCGAGUUGUACAUUGUGCACUCCAAGGGUGUUGCGGGUGUUAGCAUCAAACGCGAGGACUUAGGCUGGGAUGCAGCGGGCAAGAUGGUGAAUCCGAAGGAUGGUCUCAAGGAGGGUGUCAUUGAGGUUACUGAUCUUGUGCCUCCACAGAAGGCAGCGAGCGAGACGACCGGCACAACUGAGUCUCCUACGAAGCAAGCAACAAAGCAGGCCAGCGUCAAGAAGGCUGAGACUGCUAAGAGUGCAACGCCGACGAAGCCGGACAUCAAGAAGGAGCCUGUCGCCACGCCUUCACCCGCUGCUGCCAACGGCGUUCCACGAGACUCCUUUACAGCGGCCCCAUCGGUGUCUCUGCCAUCGACAUCGACCAACCCACCUCUCAACACUGCCGACUCCUACUCGCACGCCGCACAACGCUCGAAAUCGCCGAACCAAGCUGUGCUUACUCCUGAAGCCUCCAGCAAGGCCAUGGUAGCUCCCACAUCGACCGCUAUCGAGCCGACCGUCUCCUACGAGGGCAUUGACGCUCGUAUUGGCCAGCAAUUUGAGUCGCUCUAUCAGCGCCUGGAUGCUGACAAGCGUGUCAAUGAUGCUGCCGCCGGCGCGAGGCAGGACGCACUUCUCCGUCUUGUAUCGUCGACCCUCACGGAGAACGUGGAUGCAAGCUUGAACAAGAUCAUCUCCGCACGCAUCGAGCGCGACGUUGUACCGGCAUUGACUGAGGUCACCGGUAAGGUGAUUGAUCGCAAGAUUGCCGAGUCCCUUCCCAAGGAGUUGAACACCAGUGUCGCUGCUGCGAUGAAGGCUCAGCUCUCAACUACCCUUCAAUCCACUCUCAAGGACAAAGAGAUCCAGCGUGCCAUCUCUGACAUUACUGGGAACCACGUCGCUGCCAAGGUGCAGGAGAGAGUCGAUCAAUUGUUGCAGAAGCAGCUUCCCGGCAUGGCGACUCAAGCUUCUCAGAAGAUGAUCGCCGAUCUUGAGAGCAGACUUGGCCAGCAGCAGCGUUCGGCCGAGGCUCAGCGCCAGCAGGACAAUGCGAAGAUCGAGGAGCUGUCGAAUAUUGUUCGCACGCUAUCCGCCACGAUGCAAGACAUGGCCGCUAGCCAGACGGCUUUCCAGGAGCAGAUUUUGAAGAUGCAGCGCGAAAACAAGUCCGCUCCGCAGCCAUCGGCAAACACUGGAAGUGAUAGCGCUUCAGCUGAAGUUCAGGCCGAGCCAGAGGAUCAGGAUGUCGCUAGGAUGACGCAGAUGCUCAUUGACGGUCGUUACGAAGAGGCCACCAUUCAGUGGAUCUCCUCUGACCGUCAAGCCGAGGUAUUCGACAAGCUCUUCGUCCGCGUCAACCCCAGCUACCUCACCACCGUCUCGCCACUGGUGGCCCUCACCGUGUCCGCCGCUGUUACCUCCAGCUUCGAUACUUACGUGGAGCAGCGUCUCGAGUGGCUCGAUCUCGUUCUCAAGCACAUCGACGUGCGCGACAACGACAUCCGCGAUGUGGCGCCCAAGAUCAUGGAUGUGAUCGCUCAGCGUCUGCAGGGCGUGUACAUGCAGAUCUCGGAGACGACGCCGAAUGAUCCGACCUUGCGCACGGUCAUGAGCCUCAACAAGAAUGUGCAGGAGAUUCGGAGGAUCUGUCAAUGACUGAAGUCGGCGAACCGGUUGGGACUGGGAGUGUGAAAGAAAAGCGAUCUGGCAAGGUCGUCCAAGUGAGG